AUGCCUGAAUCGUGGUUCCUGCAUCGUCUCUUCCAUAGAUCAGGUCGGUGCUCCUUCCUUGUUGCAGACAGGAACUGGGGUGAUGAAGUCGACAGGCAGAACCCUAGCCAAAUGCUACAAGGAAGUAUGGAUAAAACGAUAAAACUCAACCUGGAGCGAUUGCCCGAUAUAACAUCAAAUCACGCCAAGGGGCAUGUGAUUUCGGAUAGCUUCAGUGAAGUCUUGUGGAGUCAAGCGAGAGAAGCGGCCGGACUUGAUGUGGCCCAUCGGCAAACCUCAUCGAGUCUAGCAAAUUUGGGGGUGUACUGCGAGGCCUCCAAGCUACUGGGCAUGGCGUACGAUGCCUGUCACUUCUGUAGGGAGUAG